AUGGGCGAGAAAUCGAGUUCUUCAUGGCUUCUCAAGCUUUUUUACAUUCCAAUUUUUAUCGCUGUUGCUCUCAGAGUGCUGCCUCCUCUUUUUUAUGGGAACACGAGAGUUUAUGAUAAACCGAUUCCGUAUGAGAUUAUUGAUGAUUUUCUUAGUGAAGAUAUGAUCCAAGAAUUGCGAGAAUUCAUCCUCAAUGAACGCCGUUUUACAACUGCAAUCGAAGCUGCAGCCCGUGGCGUGAUGACAAUCGGCGAAGAAGAACCCAUUCUCCCUGAUGGAACAUGUGAGGAGCUCUCAUUCACUACUGGCGAUGGCAAAACUUGUCAUUUCACUGGCAGAAACGACAUCUUCAGACAUCUUCUUCUCACAGGCGGGUGGCACGGAUCAAAAGAAACCGUCAAACAACUAACAACUCGUGUCUUCUCUUUUAUCAACUACUACAUGGACAAGGUCAACGAGCCAAAGAUCAAGGCUCUCUUUGAAACAGAGGAAUACAAGCAAAAGAUCGGAAAUAUUUGCAGAGACGGUUGGGCCGCUCAGGGAAAACCGCAUGACGGAGAAGUGUAUUUUCGACCAACUCAAGUCAACAUCGUCAUGCUUCCUCCAGGAUUUGACCUUGCGCUUCAUCAGGAUAAUCAGUGGUUCUGGGGCAUCAACCAAAUGACCGUCCCAGAUUGGUUCCUCCAUGUUCUCAAGGAGGCAGAGCUUUAUGAUGACAUCAUGAUUCCACAGGCGCAGGGUGUUGCAUAUCUUCAUGGAACCAAAGAAAACCCGUAUUAUACCAACGGCGGCCGAUACGUUUUCUACCCAAAUGGACCUGGAGCUCCCUCGAAGAGUCUGCCUCCUAAACGAGGACAAGCAAUUAUGAUGGACGGUGGUCGAAUGAUCCACGGAGUUGAACGAACUGGACCUGGUUAUCACUCCGCCCAUAUGAUUAAGGGCCACUUCAACAGAAUCGAGUAUCAGGGAAACGACACUUGGUACCUGUUAGCAAAUGACGAUCUUGUGGACACUUUCAAAACAGAGGAGUUUAGAAUAACAUUUGUCUGGAGAUCACUUUGCUUCCGCUCUGAGGACGAGAAAAUAAAAUUCGAUAAGCACAUCGAAGAUAAAGAAUUCAUCCCUCAUGAAGAGCUCUUUGAAAAGCUUGAAGUUGAUCUGCGAAAAAGAGGAAAACUUGGGGAGAACGAAGGAAUAAAAACUAUGGGGCCAAAGAGCUUCGCCAAGCUAUUACAGCAUGUGUAUAUGCAGUACCCUCUUGAUGUUCCUGAUGCUUGGUUCCCAUUCAACUAUUGCGCUCUUGGAUUUGUGAAUCCAUACCUAAAAACUCUUCUCUCCCCAUUUUGUCUUGAUCUGAAGGAAAAGGUCAGACUCAAUGAUCAAUAUCCUCCUGCUAAGAAAUUCUGCGAUCCACUCAACAGAACCCGUCGACACACGAAUUGCCCUGAAGGAUACCAAGGGGAAUAA